UCUAAUGCUGCACACUCAGUCGCAAGCUCCAUGGCCGAAGAAUCGCCGUCGGGUCAGUGAAUGAAGUGUGUUCAGUGCUACACAGUGUACAAAGAAUGACAUCACCCUCCUCCACCCUUGACGGACUACCCAAGCAAUUCGUCACUGCGAUGCGCACCCUCUUCGACAUUAUGGACGAUAAGAGAAGCGGUUUCGUCAAUUUUUCCGAAAUAGAAAACAGAUGGCAAGACGACGACACCAAAGGACUGCCCAAGGGCGUCAUAGAGAGCCUCAGGAAAGUCACCCCCGCCAACGGGUUGUUAUCUUUCGAGAGGUUUUGUGCUGGGCUGAAGAUUUGUUUGCUGCGAAACCAGGUGGAGAGGAAAGACAACUUGAAACCGCAUCAAGAAAUGGGCGUGAAGAACCGACCUCCUUCCGCACCUCUUCUCGACAUCGACUCUCCCCCAAAGCCGAAUUGGGGUAAUACAGCUGCCAUCCGCCCCAAUGUGAUAUCCCAACAAAGGACGCUGAGCAUGCCGCAACUUUUACCCGACCGUAAGGAUACGAAUUUAGAAACCGUUGACAUUCACGCCUUUGAAAAACCUGUUCCCAACGUAAACAAACCCACGCUUUACGGACCUCCAAAGCCGCCCAGAACUGCCAUUGGCUUAGAACGGGGGGCUUCUACGGGGAAUAUGGACAGGGCUGAAAUCCGGACCGCUCUACAGAAUUGGCAGAUGGGUCUGAUGAUGAACGACCAAGAAAGUAAAGGAACGGACAAAAGGCAAACACAGCAAUUCUCAGGAGGUCUGCUGAGAACUGGUAGGAGCAUGGGGGACGGUAAAGCCUCCGCUCAAACUGACUUGCAAGGGACCAACUAUCAAAAGAAACCGAAUUCGAGGAGACGAGAACCCAGGAGACACACCUUGCAAAACGGGAUCGACUAUAACAUGUUGAAGAGAAUGAAGCAAAUUGAACAGGAAAAGGAUGUUCUGCUACAAGGUUUGAGUGCUGUGGAAAAAGCCAAGGAAUGGUAUAUGAAGCAAGUGGCUGCUGUUCAAGAAAAAAUGAAAUAUUUGGGACGAAUGGGUCAUAUGGAACACUGGUCGGAAGCUCAACAGGAAAGGCUUGAACUCCAAAGGGCCCGAGUACUGGAAGUCAACAGGCACCUGGCAGCCUUAACAGAGAGCUGGGAAAGAGGUGGUCUACCACUCCAUAUGAAUUUAGCCGUGAAUCAUUACCCUCAUAACCAACCGCCGCCGCAGGAAUUGAAUGAUAGGUUGAAGCGACAGAAUAGGUUACUUACUGAGUUCUCUUCGUAACAAAGUGAACGAAUCGCUGCUCUAGAGCGAGAAAAAUCUAAUCUCAUUCAAGUUCUUCAGAUGAGAACUGAACCGCAGAACAGGAAUAAUAUUCAGGAAGAAGCGGUGUUUUGAAUUAUUAAGGAAAGCGCAAAAAACACAAGAAAAUAUGAACAAGAGUUACCCAGUAAUGAAGAUAGAAAUGACUUGAGGAAUUGUGAAAAUUUCCAUUUUUUUUGUUAGAUAUAAGUAGCUGAAUUUCAUAAAUGUUUAGUAAAACUUAUGUUAUUGCUAUUUCGGAAAAGACUAAGAUGAGAUAUCAUCAAAUGAAAAAUCAUUCUUCUGUA